ACCUCUGCGAGAGUAUUUUUCCAUAGCGCAGGGAAGGCAAACCAGGAAGGAGAAUCCGAAUACCUAAAGCCAUCGCCAUCGGCAGAAGCUCUUAAUUUUGAUCUUGCUCGUCUCCCCGUAAAUUCAAGGAUAAGAAUGGCGGAUGCUUACUGGAGGUAUGGGGAUGGUCGGCAGCAGCAGCAGCCACAGCCGCAGCCGACGACUCUUCAUUCACACACCGUGAAGCGACCCCGCUCCGACUUGGAGAUGCCCGGUAGUCAUGACUUGUCGAGCUACUAUCCUCAUGACAAUGAUAGGGCAGGAACACGAGUGGUCAGGGAUACUGACUCCAUCAACGCAUCAUAUGAUCGCUACUUACGCAGCGCUCAAAUGUCAGCAUUUGGUAACGAUUCAGGAAGAUCAUUGAGCAGUGGACCUCCUCGACAUCUUCAAGUUGAUGAUCCCCGUGGCAUGGCAAUGGGAGCAUCAGAAGCAGUAUUGGAUGUAAAAACUCUGCCUGUUGCAGUGGAACGAAAGCCUGAAAGAUCACUCCCUCCUGAACGUCCACUGCCUCCUGAUGCCAGCAGCACACUAUUUGUGGAAGGCUUGCCUGCAAACUGCACUCGCAGGGAAGUUUCUCAUAUAUUUCGUCCUUUUGUGGGCUACAAGGAAGUAAGGCUUGUGACUAAAGAAUCAAGACAUCCUGGGGGUGAUCCAUUGGUGCUUUGCUUUGUUGAUUUUCAAAGUCCAGCGCAUGCAGCCACAGCAAUGGAUGCUUUGCAGGGUUAUAAAUUUGAUGAGCACGACCGCGAUUCUUCCAACUUAAGGCUCCAGUUUGCUCGAUAUCCUGGUGCAAGGUCAGGGGGCGGGCAUCGUGGGAAACGAUGAGAUUAUGGUUCAACAGGAUCCUUUCUGUGACAAGAUUACGAGUCGUGAAUCACAACCUUGGCGUUUCAUGAUAUUUUGCUGAUGCUUAGGACUCAGCGGGGGGUUUUACGUCUAUCAGACACGGCUUUAUUGAUUCCUGCCGCCACCUUUCAUUUCUCGUUAGUUUAUUUUCUCCCAUAUAUACUUGACUGCAGUGUUGCCUGUUGUCGCCAUAUUUACAACUCCUUUGUAAUAAUUGCUAGUAAUUUCGUGGCUUCCUCUUAGGACCGCUGUUUUAUAGUGUCCAUCAGUGUAAGAAUAUCGUGCGUGCAUUACAGAUACCUUGCUUUUCUGAUGAUGGUUGUAAUUACAUCUCAUCUCUCCCAUCAUGGUGUAGCUAAACAUGGCGGCACAGAUGCCAUUCCGUGUGUUGCAUACCCUUGAUGUGUCUUAUGAAUCUUAUUUUAUUCAAUUAAUUGUGGCUUGUUUCCAA